CGGAGCGCUUUUGUGCCGCAGCCGCGCGAUCGAGCCUCUCUCUCUCUCUCUCUUUCUUCUCUCCCGCCCUCCUGUUCUUUCCUCCCUCUUUCUCUCUCUCUCCCUGAUUCGCUUGCAGCGGCACUUGGAAGCAGGCGGCAGAAGAGCCAAGCGCUGUCCGUUCAGCACCAGCCAGGAAAAGCCGAGGAAAGCAGCGCCGCCGCUACGCCCUCGACCCCUCCCGCGCCUCUGCCUUCGCCCCGCUGUAGCCUGGAGUCUGGAAAGUGAGGUCUAAGGAUGGUGAAGCUGGGGAGCAAUUUGAAUGACAAGACCAAGCAGCAGCCGUCCAACGAGGACGGUUUUCAGACGGUCCCUUUGAUAACGCCCUUGGAAGUAAACCAUUUGCAGUUCCCGGCUCCAGAAAAGGUGAUUGUGAAAACAAGAACAGAAUAUCAGCCAGACCAGAAGAACAAAGGAAAACUCAGGGUGCCCAAAAUUGCUGAAUUCACAGUCAGUUUCACUGAUGGUGUAACAGAAAGAUUAAAGGUCACGAUUCUCAUCAGUUUGGCUCUUGCAUUCCUCGCCUGCAUAGUGUUCCUUGUGGUAUACAAAGCUUUUACCUAUGACCAUAGUUGCCCAGAUGGAUUUGUUUACAAGCAUAAGCGAUGCAUCCCAGCCUCCCUGGAUGCUUACUAUUCAGCUCAGGAUUCCAACUCCAGGGGCAGAUUCUACACUGUCAUCAGCCAUUACAGCAUGGCCAAGCAAACCAGCUCGCGGUCUGUAUCCCCCUGGCUUUCUUCAGGAUCGGUAAACCACGAGCCCAAGGCUACCAAGACAGAAGCCCAUUAAAGCCAUUUGGUGGCCUCGGGGAUGGCGGGGAAUGGGGAAGACAACAUGCUGUCUCUAUCGCAUUGCUGUGGUUUGAAGGAGGCACCCGUGCUUUCAGUUCAACAAGAAUAAACUUAACUCCAAGUGCAGGUGUCAUCUUAAUGGAUAUUUUUCUUUUUCUCUCUCACUCUCUCUCUCUUUCUCUCCCUCCCUCCUUUUCUCUUUUCCUCUUCCUCUUCCCCUUUUGGUGCAUUGUUCUCGUUAAUUUGUAACUAAGUCAAGAUCCUGUAUAAAGGCAUGUUAGGUGUUCAUUAUAUCUUACAAUGUACAAAUAUUUUUAAAACCAUUGCUUAAUAUUUGUUAAGAAAAUAAAAACAAAAACAAAAAAAGUUGAUCUAGAGAACAUUCACAAGGAAGGAGAAGAAAUGGCAAACAGAAUUUCAUAGAACCUACUUGGCCGAGAAGAUGGAGCCCCAGAAUGUAUAUUGAUGGUGUUGGUGGGGGAUACCAUGGCAUUUAUUUAUUGGAAUAUGGGGUAAAAAAGAAACUUAGUCCACAUUGGGAGAAACACUUUUUAAUACACAUUUAUUACACCCAGAUAUAGUAUACAAUGGGCUGGACAAACGUCCACCAUGUACUUUGCCCAGUCCAGUAUUUCAUUGGUACUCAGAAACAUUGAUGCUGUCCCUGGCAUUAAAAUAAAUGGGAAAGCCCUUGCAAACAAGGGAGUUCAUAUCUUCAGUGGAGCUUUCUGCACUGAACCACUGAACCAUGGAUACUAUUCUGUGGUUGCUUGCUUGUUUUUACUGAGAGAAAUUGCCAUGGAUUCACACAAGUUGGAUUUUUUGACUGCCAACUGAAUUUUAGAUACAUGUUCUCUACUCCCAAAGGUGAGUGGCAGAUCUCAGAAAGGAUAUUCCAAGAUAUGAUAAUUGAAUGAAGAAUUCUGAAAAAUUACUUUUUUGAACUAUAAAUCUCAGAAUACCACAACCCUCAGAAAUACUGAUCAUACUGGAUAAGGAAAAAGGUACUGUCUAAAAUAUAAUUUUUCCAAACUAUUCUGAAGUGACAAUUCUUUAUCCUAUUAAGAUUAGAUGGAGCAAGAGCUGGGGCAGACUUAUCUCUAUUAACUGCCCACUUUCUGCUCCAUUCUGGGACAGUUCUCCUGCAUUCUGGGCAAUAUUAUGAGGGACAUUUAGGCAUAUUCUUAGUAGCUUACAACAAAGAGUCACUGAACAUAAUCUAAUAGUGUGUCCCCAGAACAGUGGUUCUCAACCUGGGGUCCCCAGAUGUGUUUGGCCUAAAAUGCCCAGAAAUUCCAGCCAGUUUACCAGCUGUUAAGAUUUCUGGGACUUGAAGGCCAAAAACAUCUGGGGACCGCAGGUUGAGAAUCACCGCUCUAGAAUAUUUGGAUGUACAGCCGGGAUAUUUUGUUCCCUCUUCUAUAGGCCCUCACCCAUGGAAACUCCCCAUUACUUUACAGUAAUUUUGAAGGUGGUAUAUAGUUUAACAUGGAGCUGCUGUGGAAUAAAACGGCAGAAACCCUCAUGUGUAUUUGUGUGCAGUCAUGUAUAUACAUGUGAUAUUUAUCCUGCUGGAUCACAAAUAGUUUCCUUGGGAUGAUUUUGGCAAUCCCCUCUCCAGCUUCUCCCUCUACCACUCCUGUAAGUUACAAAACCAAACCCUCAAUACCUGCUGUCACCAUGAUGGUGUGAAUGAUAUAUAGGAACAUUCUACCUUUGCCAUUUGCCCUCUCACAGAAACAUUCUAUUUGUAAGGAGGAAUCAAGUGUAUACACUGUUUUGUGAAAGAUGGAACAAUUUUUUAUUUUGCAAUGACAGCUUCAUCUAGGAAGAUGCCUUGUAAGGGGUUAGAAUACAGAUUCAUCAUUAGAGACUAUAAACAUUUCUUCUGAGGAAUUACUGCUCCUAGAAAACCCAGUCAGCAUAGCUGAUGACCAUGACAACUGAGGGAUUCUGAGAUUGUUUGUUCUGGCUAGAAACAUGUAUUAGGCAGAGAGUGCUCUUUUUCACCUAGAAUGACAAACUUUCUUGGGAUGACUCAAAUCACUCAGAUAUUUCUGAUCAGCAAUACAUACAUACACAUGUAUGUGUGUGCCUGCAUACACACUGUUGGCUGGGAAGGUGUUGUAUGUCUUUAAAAGUUCUUCCUUUUGCAAGGUUGACCUGUUGCAAUUUCACCUUCAAUUUCACAAAGAAUCAAGGGCACCAUCUACCAAGCAUGGUUUGUUAGAAAUGACAUUUGUGUUAAUUGAUUUUGCUUAGGAGUGGUCAGGCAGAACAGUACUCAGCUAAUUAUGCCUCCAUUAAGCAAAUUAAAUUAAAUUUGAAUACAAAGAAAAACUGGAUUAAAGCCAAUCAAAGUAUUACUGAAUGUAAGUCACAUAGACUCUAAAUUUGGGCAUCUGAUUUAAGUCAAGCAUUUAUAUUUUGUUUGCCAAAAGAAAAGACAACCCAUUUUGUAGAAGUUGAAGGUCAAAGGGAUUAAUGAUAAAUGGUUGUAUUAUGUAGCCAAACUGUAGUGCCAAAUCUCAUUGUCUGACUCUUUUCCCCUUUCUCUACCCCCAUUCAUCUUCAUACUUCACCUGUAAAUCCAUUUCUCACCUGAAAUGUACAAAUACAUUGGAAAAAAGAAAACAAUGCCCAGAACAAUAACUGGACAAUUUAUAAUUUUGUGGUGUAUUGUAUGUCAGUAGGUAGAAGAGACUGAAGUAUUUUUGGUGUAGUUCUUGACCUUUUCUGACAGGACAAAUAAAGCUAGAUGUGUCUGAGCGUCUCA